GCUGUGACGUCACUGGGGGGGGAAGAUGGAGGCGGUGGUGUCGGGGCGGCGGGAGUAGGAGUUUAGCCGGGGCGGCCUCGCUCCCUCUCCGCCUCUCUCAUGGCCGGCGCGUCCAGCCACGUCCCCGUACUGUGCAAAAUCCAGGCCGGGGGAGCGCUUGGGCCCUGCCCUUCACCCUUGCUUGGCGUUUCUGCCAUGGGAACACGUGGAGAGAAUGGGGAUCACGAGGAGGGCUCCGAGGGCACGCACAGGACGGAGCAGUCGCCCGCGGCCGACCACGCCUCCACUUCCACGGAGCAACCAUCCACCGGCCGGCCCGGUGGCUCCCCCGGUGCCGCCUCCUCGCGGACAGCUCAGCCGCAGCCCCAGCCGACGGCAGUUCACCCUCGCAAGAAGCGUCCCGAGGAUUUCAAGUUCGGCAAGAUUCUUGGCGAGGGAUCUUUCUCCACGGUGGUGCUUGCUAAGGAGGUGGCAACUGGAAAAGAUUAUGCCAUUAAAAUCUUGGAGAAGCGACACAUUAUAAAGGAGAAGAAGGUGCCCUACGUGAAUCGAGAGAAAGAGGUGCUUUCCCGGCUGAACCACCCAUUCUUCGUCAAGCUCUUCUUCACCUUCCAGGACGAGGAGAAGCUCUACUUUGGGUUGAGCUACGCCAAGAAUGGAGAGAUGCUGAAAUACAUCCGCAAGCACCGUUCUUUUGACGAGAACUGCACUCGAUUCUACUCGGCCCAAAUUGUGUCAUCCCUGGAACAUUUACACAGCCUCGGCAUCAUACACAGGGAUUUAAAACCAGAAAAUAUCCUUCUGAAUGAAGACAUGCAUAUCCAGAUCACUGAUUUUGGCACCGCUAAAAUCCUAUCUGAUAACAGCAAGCAUGCCCGGGCAAACUCGUUUGUGGGUACGGCUCAGUACGUGUCCCCAGAGCUGCUCACCGAGAAGUCCGCCUGCAAGAGUUCUGACCUCUGGGCACUUGGUUGUAUCAUCUACCAGCUGGUAGCUGGUCUGCCUCCCUUUCGUGCCCCCAAUGAAUAUUUAAUCUUCCAGAAGAUCAUCAAGUUGGAGUAUGAGUUUCCAGAGAAAUUUUUCCCAAAAGCAAAGGAUCUAGUGGAGAAGCUGCUGGUGAGUGACCCAAUGCAGCGACUGGGCUGCGACGAGUGCGGAGGGUACCCGCCUCUCAAGAGCCACCCCUUCUUCUCGGAGAUCAGCUGGGACGACCUCCACCUGCAGACCCCGCCCAAGCUCACCGCCUACCUGCCCGCCAUGACGGAGGACGAUGAGGAUUGUUACGGCAAUUACGACGACCUGCUCAGCGGUUUCGGCAACAUGCAAGUGGAGGAGACUCAACCCAUCCCCAUCCCCUCUGUGGCACGGGUGCCUUCGAGCGGCGGCAGCAGCGGCGGCGGCAGCUACCGGGAUGUGGGCGUGUCGCCCGGAGCAGGCGGGCGCGCAGAGAGGGAGGCCGGCUCGCUGGGUGUGUCGCCACGCGACGGAGAGAGGGUGCGCACCGGCGGCGUGGAGCAGUACAUCCUGGAGAACGAGGAUGAGCACUCGCUGGAGCUCGACUUCAACCUGGCACUCUCGCAGGACGACCGCAAGCUGCUGCUGAACAAGCAGGCCCGCGCCAACCCAUGGCACCCAUUUGUGGAGAAUAACCUCAUCUUCAAAAUGGGCCCAGUGGACAAAAGAAAAGGCCUGUUUGCCCGCCGGAGGCAGCUGCUGCUCACGGAAGGGCCUCACCUCUACUACGUGGACCCUGUGAACAAGGUCCUGAAGGGCGAGAUCCCCUGGUCCCGCGAGCUGCGACCCGAAGCCAAGAACUUUAAGACUUUCUUCGUACACACACCGAACCGAACCUACUACCUGAUGGACCCACGUUGCAAUGCCCACACCUGGUGCAAGAAGAUUGAAGAGGUUUGGAAAAGAACCUACAAAAACCACCAAAAGCAGAGCAGCAAAUGAAGGGCAAAUGUGCUUGUGGAUGGCCGUGUGUAUGUCUAAGUGGCUGCCACACACGUACGUGCACGCUCCCUCUGGGAGGGCCAUUAGGACACGGAGUUGAAGAUUUUGACCUCAGACUUUCUGCAAUCACUGUCCAUUACCUCCAAACAGGAGCAUGGAGCAUACGUGUAAUGUACACCGUGGGCUUUGAGCUUACUCUGUCCUGUGGUGCGAGCUUGUAUGACUAAUAUCUGUAAAACACUUAACAGUUUGAGACUGCCUGUUGUGGCCAGACAUUGAUAGCGACUGUCUCUUGUUUCACUGUGCACACCAGACCCUUGCUGUGCACCCACACACUCAGCUGCACCGGGGAGGGGGGGGGGGGUGGGGGGCGUUUGCGUGCUGCCGCGUUUUUGCUGUGCUGUGAUGCUGUACGAAUUCACGUGGAUCCUGCAACUUGGGGGGAAUUUGUAAAGGAAGCUGGGGAAGCCGUUCAUGAAUCACUGACGUCAUGGACGCUUAGAAUGAUAUAUUUGGCAAAGUAUUGAUUUGUUUUAGUUGAUAUAUCUGAUUUUAAUAUGACAAUGUAGGCCUUAUUUUUUUUUUAUUCCCCCCCCCCUCCCCCCCACUUUUAUGUAACCGUGACUGUGUGACUUCAAGAUCAGCGUUCCAUAUUAGAGUUAUAGAGAAAGUAGAUUGUUUUAUUUCACACACAUGUUGGGAGACUCAAGUUAAUUUUCUGACUUUGUCAUGAAACCAAAUGUAAACAACACAAGCUUUGCGUUUUGCAUACAACAUGCAAACUUCGUGUAGGAGAACUUAUGAAAUUCAAUACAAAAAAACAAUGUGUAGCUCCCAAUAUGCCAUGCAGUACACUAAUAUAACUACAAAUCCACACAAUAUUAACACGAGAUAAGCUACAGGCAUAUUGCAGGGCAUAGAUGGCACACAGUACCAAUGAACAUUUUAAUUGUGAAUAAUACAUAUCAAAAAUUUACAAUCAACCCUUUACAGUAAUUAAGCAAUUCUAAAGUGAUACAAUAUAUAGGCAUAGACGUAUGUAUGACUGCACAUCAAAUGUUUCUUUUGUAUUGUAGUAUACAUCAAUUAUAAUUAACAAAUCAUAGUCCUGGAAACACUAAAUUUUAAAGCCAGUCUCCUUAUUCAAAUGCUUUUGUAAACUUAUACGAUGAAUGUUUAACAUACUUUCAUUUUAAUAACAUAAAAGACCUUCACAUUGGCCUAAGGAAAAAUGCUUAUUUAUCGUUGCACAUGUAACAGGUCUGCCAUCAUUGCUAGGUAUUUCUAAGAGAGAAGUCAUUGUCAUGCACAUAAAAUACUUGUCUUCCAUUCUUUGUAAAAAUGUAGGCGGUGGGUGGCACAGCAAAACAUUACUAAACACAACCAGUUCCCUGGGAUGAAAUUUGCUUCAAAUUGUAAAAUCCUACAAUGUGUAAUGGUACUCCUCUAAACCUAUGCUUGUGUUUGGCUUGGAUGCUAGCGAGUGGUGACGUGUUGAAUUAGAAGGUGUAAUGAUGUCGUGUUCGGGAGCGUCUGCUGAGAACCAAACUGUCCAUGAUGAGUUGGUGACCAUCCCACUGCAGCCGUUGCUCCAGCUUCCACUAUAUAUUCCAGUCUGCAGAACACAGGGCCGAUCCAUGCAUUUCGAUGCACUCGCGUUCACAGGAGGCUUCCAGGUUUGCCACCAAUUCCGCGUCUACGCAAGUUUCCUUGUCAAUUUGAAGUGCUUAUAAACGAUAUACCGUUAAGUUAAAAUGUAGAAAGUGUUCCGUGUAGGCAGUUGAGUGGCAAUUUAAAUUGACGGGGGGGGGGGGGUGGGUGGGACUUUUAGGCUAACAUGAACCUGUACAGGCAUGGCAGUUCCAUUGGUAAUGAAAGCAGCUCUUGCAGUAAUACAUUGUUGGACCAUUGCUGUUUAAGGCAAAUGGGACAUACAGAUAAACAACAGGUUUCAUGAUGCUAGCUACUGACGGUCAUAUGGUCAAAUCUGCCAAUGAAAGUACACGUGCAAGUUGCUGAUCUUAACGCAGCAUGUCUUCAUCGCGCCGAUUGGCUGGGUUCUAAAGUCAACCAUCAAGUGCGUGCACAUUCAUGGCACACCCGCUGCAUUUGACGUGCGCCUGUGAGCAGUGACUAGAUCUGAUUCGUUAACUUGCGGAGUGCUCUGGACAUUGUAUGUUUAGUGGAGCAGUGAAGCAUUGUUGAUGAGAAUUUUAGAGUUUGCAAUUGUUAACAUGUAGAGAACACUUCAUAUUUUUGACUAAAGUUAUUUACUGGCUAAUGUUUAUUUAGCCAUCAGUUUGUGUUCUUGUUUUAUUUAAAUCUAAUAUAUAAAUUCUGUACGGAUUCAUUUCAUGUUCAAGGGCAAUGUUGUGUAAGUAUUUCAGAUGUAUAGCCUUUGAAUGUGGGUUAUUGUAAAAUGUCAACAUUUUAACCAAGCGCUGUUAUGCUUUGUGUGUUUGAUUUGUGGUAAUAUAAUUGCGGUGGGAUUGUGUUGGUUUUUAGCACUUUGCUUUAAAUUUCCCAACACUUGCAGGUUCUCUGUAUGAUAUGCAUGUGUUUAGGCUUCAUAGUGUGUAAUAGCGAUAUUCAAUCUAAAUAAAUUGUUUUGUUGCUUGUCAA